AUGGUCCUUUCUUUCAUCCUUAUCCAGAACCGACAGUAUGUAGCUCCUCCCCCCAUCGCACCUCUCGGCCCUGAAGAUUGGCUGACAGACCGGGCGCGCGGACACAGAGGCAAGACCCGGCUUGCAAAGUGGUAUGCACCGUACGAUGAUGAGGAGAAGGUCAAGUUGAAGGGAGAGGUCCACAGGCUUGUUGCGCCACGGGACCAGAAAAAUCAAUCAAACUUUGUCGAGUUCCGGAACAAUAAAAUCGUAUACCGUCGCUACGCCGGCCUCUUCUUCUGCGUGUGCGUGGACGCGAACGACAACGAGCUGUCAUACCUCGAGGCGAUCCACUUCUUUGUCGAGGUCCUGGACGCGUUCUUUGGGAACGUGUGUGAGUUGGACUUGGUAUUCAACUUUUACAAGGUCUAUGCGAUCCUGGAUGAGGUGUUUCUUGCGGGCGAGAUCGAGGAAACCUCCAAGCAGGUAGUGUUGACGAGGUUGGAGCAUCUGGAUAAACUUGAGUAA